CUUCUUAAAGGAUGCAGUGGCCAUGGCUGACAGACUCGGGAAGUUCCUGAAAACAAAGACAGAUGUGGAGAUCUUCACACAACCCGACUUCGAAGACCAGACCUUGGACUUCACUGAGGUGGAGCAGCUGAUGGGGGCCCUGAAUACUGUCCCAGGUGGGGACUCUCAGCUGUGUCCUCAGGGGUGGGGGUGGGGCGGCAAGGGAGCUUUGACAUUGGAUUUGUCCUCUAAUAUCUCUUAUAGUGCCUAACACUACAUCAUGAACCCUGGGCACCCCAUUACACUGCACCUCCUUGCAGCUUACUCAGGUUGCACAACAAAAUCUUUGUUUGUAUUGAACAGGAAUUCCUGGUUUCUUCCUCCCUCCAGCUCCUGGGUACCACUGAUCUAGUCUCUACCCCUUUUUAUUUAUU